UAUGGGUUUAGGUUGCGAUCUUCCGUACUAGAGUUUAUAUAGUCGGGUGUGUUCCAGCCCGCUAAUAAAGACUGUGGCUAAACUCUCACGAAAGCGUCUUAUUCGGGCCAUUCAUGACCGAAUAAAUCUAGAUAGCAAAACUGGAUCGUCGAUACCACAUCAAACAGCCAAGAUCUAGUCUAAUUAUAUCUUCAAAUCAUUGAUGCAAAUGCGCGUCUCAAUACCAACUUUUCCUUGCCCUGUGGCUAGUGUCUGGUCACUCAAACGCGCCACAGUCGUCAUCCGCAGAGCUGAUCCCCAAGCAUGUGACGUGACCUAUUAAUGCCAUCGCAGCCUUGGGCCGUCGUUUCUUCCAAGCCUCUAGCACAUAACUUUUUACGUCGUCCAUAUAAAUCCAACACGAUAUUUUCUUCACUCUCGUUCACCGCGCCCUUGAAUUCAACCAUUAUCAUCUUAGGAGUGCAAGGGACACAUGUGGCUGCGACAUUGCGACGUCGCUCACGUGCAGAUAAGGAUAAGCAACCGCUCCGAAGUCUGGACACUUCACAAGCUUUUGGUUUGUCAUACGAGCUAAAAAAUCAUAUCGGGGUAGUGGGCAAGGGAAAUCGGAGCUGCUCUGGCUCGCGCUUUUUGCAGACGAACAACGACUCGGGGAGAAGAAGCAGAAGAAGAACCAAAAAGGGGGACGCCUUGCGCUCUUUUUUGCAUCUCCCACCUCCUGGACAAAAGGACGACAGUGCAAACGGCAAGCCGGGCAAGACAGAUGAGUAGCCGCUGGUGAGGGAGCGAUUCCGGGCGACUGCAUCUCGGGGAUUGUCAUCUUCGCAUCGCGGCGGCACCGAAAACCGGGGAAGAAGCAGUGCGUUUCGUUUGC